AUGCCUGCUCAGGAGUACUUGCGGCAUAUCGACGCCCGCCGGUUUACUACCGGCGUGGCUUUGUUAGUCCUGAUUGCCUUCUACUCGCCCCUUUCGAAGCUGGUUAUGUCUCCAACAUAUGGAUCUUUCCCCUCGCAUAUCUUCCAUAGUUUUGGAGUGGCCAUCUCCGGCGGAAUCGGAUGGCUUCUCAAAGAUAAGAUUCUGAAGCGCCUGGGCCGUUUGGGUGGUUACAUGCUUCCUGUGUUGGCAUUCUGGGUCCCGACUCUCCAGUAUUUCAUGAAGCAGCAGAGCUCCAAGAUUGGUAACCCCACGGGUCCAGUGGUUACAGAAAUGUGUGGUUACUACCCUCUAGUUCUGCUGACAGUUGCCUACGCCGGCAAACAAAUCCAAACUUCUCUACGCCUCGAGGCACAGGGCGACUUGGUCGUUGAGCAUGUACCCCUGAUCGGUACAUAUAUCCUCUAUUCGAUCGGCGAGCACAUUGCCAAGACUAUUCUGUCUUGGAUUGUUGGAACUUCUUUCUUGUUCACUCGUGUGGGUAUGCAAAUGCUCAUUGCAGCUUUGUACUCCGCGGUCCUUCCGUCAAAAUGGCUGGCCCUGGCUAUCCCCUCGAUAAUCUUCUCAGUGACCUCUAAUGUCCAUUUUGCUGGAAUGAGUGGUGUCAAUUCGGCAAUUGCCCACGAAGGAUACACUCUCUUGGCACGUCAGGAAGCUUACACUGGCUACAUCUCUGUUUUGGAAAACGACAACGACGGAUUCCGAGUCAUGCGCUGUGACCACAGUCUGCUUGGUGGACAGUGGACUAAACUGGCACCAGGUUACCACCCCCAGGUGGAAGAUCCUAUCUACGCAGUCUUUGCCAUGCUCGAGGCUGUCCGUCUGGUUGAGCCGGAUCACGGCAUUUCUCGUGUUGACGCAGACAGCAAGGCGCUAGUCGUUGGCCUUGGAAUUGGUACAACACCAUCUGCCCUAAUCAAGCACGGUAUCGAGACCACUAUCGUCGAAAUCGACCCUGUUGUGCACAAGUUCGCCACCGAGUACUUCAACCUUCCAGCAAACCACAUCCCCGUCAUCCAAGAUGCCGUGAAAUUCGUCAAGAAGGCCGAAUCUUCGCCCAACUCACCCAAAUAUGACUACAUCAUCCACGAUGUAUUCACUGGUGGUGCGGAGCCCGCCGAACUUUUCACCUAUGAAUUCCUGUCCGGCCUCCACGCGCUCCUCAAGGAAGACGGUGUCAUUGCCAUUAACUAUGCCGGUGACUUGAACCUCUACCCCACCGGUCUCACUGUCCGCACCGUCCAGGCCGUCUUCCCAUCCUGCCGCAUCUUCCGCGAAGCUCCCUUCGGAGAUGAAGAAAACUCCAGCUUCACCAACAUGGUCUUGUUCUGCAAGAAGAGCUCCACCACCCCGAUUCAAUUCCGUGAUCCUGUCCCGGCAGACUUCCUUGGCAGCAAGUCUCGGGAAAAUUACCUUGUUCCCCAUCACGAACUCGACGCUGCCAUUUUCUCCUCUUACCCCAAGACUGGCAGAUCCAUUCUGGUGGCGAAGGAGGUCGGACGACUUGACAAGUUCCAGGAUCGCAGUGCGUUGGAGCACUGGUCCAUCAUGCGGAAUGUCAUGCCUGAUGCCGUGUGGGAGAACUGGUGA